AUGGUGGCGCACCAUCUUAGGCGAAGCUCGAGCUUGGCCAGGUUUCUCUCCCGUGCUGGAAGGCGGCCGCUGACCUCAAUUACAAAUCUUCGGAUAUCAUCAGCACCUCCGCCACACAUCUUAGCGUCGCAUCCGCUGAUUUCGUCGUCUCCGGCCAAUUUUUGCGUCAUUGACUGUCGCAACUCAGGCCAGGUUCAUCUUCGCAAAUAUUUAUACUCUGGCUCGGUCUCGUCCGCCUUAUGCCGUCCCAAUCUCAAGCCGCAACCACUUUCUCGAGGUUUUACCAGCACACCCGCCAGAUCAGCUGCCAUGUCUUCGAAACUCAUUCCAUCCAACCCGGCCGAUGUGAUGGUCAUCCGCAAUGUCACGCCUAACAUUGUGACAUUCUCUGUGCCUUUUGCGCGGUUCGGGACAGCCAAGAUUGGUGGCCGUGGAACUCUUGUGAAACUGAGUUCUGGGAAUCUGGCCGUCUUCUCGCCCGUGGCGCUCACCGAGGCAGCCAAAGCCAAGGUUGCCGAGCUGGGCGGCAAUCUUGCCUACAUCGUCGCAUUGGACUACGAGCAUCACAUUUUUAUUUCCGAGUGGGCCACCCAGUAUCCAGGAGUCAAGAUCAUUGGGCCCGAGGGGCUCCCUGAGAAGCGAGCCGGCCAACACGACCCAAAAAUCGGAAAGGAGGAGUUCGCUGUGGUCUUCAAGAAGGAGAAUAAGCACGACAUCAAGAUUGACGACGAGUUUGAUGCCGACUUUGACUACGAGUAUGUGGAUGGUCACGCGAACAAAGAGAUUGUUUUCCUUUACAAGCCCGAGAAGGUCCUCAUCGAGGCUGAUCUGCUCUUCAACAUGCCCGCCACCGAGCAGUACAGCAAGGUGCCAGAGGCGGAAAGGAAGGAGGGGUUCCUGGGCAAGUUGUUCGAGGGCCUGCAGAACCCACACGGCGAUAAUAAGUGGAUGAAGAGGUUCAAUUGGCACGUCGCGGCUAAGGACCGCGCCAGCUUUAAUGAGAGCGUGAAGGUCAUCGGUAAGUGGGAUUUUGUGAAGCUAAUCCCAUGCCACGGAGAUGUGGUGGAGGAAAACGCCAAGGAGAUGUUUAGCCAAGUCUUUGAGUGGCAUCUGAGGGCAUGA